AUGGUCAACCUCAGCAAAACUUGGGUUGCUUGCCUCGCAUUUGGCCUUGUUGAGCCGAGUCUUGGACUCCAUGGCAAACAAGGUCAGCGCGUAGGCUACAAUCCUCUUGUCAAGCAAUGGAACGGCCCAGACUCCAACCUCACAGCAACUUUGGAUCUCGUUGAUCCCGGCCACGUCUCUGUGUUUGAGAAGCGUCGCCACAUCGAUGUCACGGCAUGGGCUACAGUGGCUUUGGCUGCUGGUACUACCAUCCUGGCUGCUGAGGCAGGCAUGAAUAUCUACAAGCAGGUUGCCGACAUUAUCAAGAGCAAGUCGAACCACAAUUCUUGCUCCAUGACUACUGGCACCGACUCGAACGGACAUAUCAUCGAGGGCUACGCAUACCUGGCGACUACGAGCGGACACGAUUGCAAGACCACUGCCGAAACGAAGACUAUCCUUGCUGCGGUCAAGGACUGUGCUGAUUGGCAGCAUAAGCAUGGAGCUAUCAUGGGCUGUUGUGUGCUGUCUCACGGUGGAACUUGGAAGGGUCAUCUGCGUCUCACCUCUCAGCCUAACAAGUACCCAGCCCAUGCGGUAAACUGUGAUUAA